AUGUAUCAUUCUAGCAAAUUCUCCCUUGCUCUCGUGUGCUUCUUCUUCCUUGGCUUCGGCACUACCGCGGCGACGGCAGCCGCUUGCAGCAAGGAACCAGUUUUAUUCAACUUCGGAGAUUCCAACAGCGACACAGGCGGCGCUUCUGUUCUUGGAGGGAAGCCGCUCGAGCCAACCGGCCGUGUAAGCGAUGGUCGCCUCAUCCUCGACUUUUUGUGCGAGAGUCUGGAGACGAAGUUCUUGACCCCAUAUCUGGAGCUCUUCACUCCGGACUUCUCAAACGGCGUCAACUUCGCCUUGGCCGGCGCCGACUCCCGCGUGGGAAUAAGCAUCCCUCCAAAUGCGUUCACGCUGGGCAACCAAUUUGCCGAAUUCAGUCGCUUCCAAAACGUGUCCAUUCGCCGUGGCUCUCUUGAUGCAGGGCAGGUGAAAUCUGCUCUCUUCAUGUUGGAUAUCGCCCAAAACGAUCUCCAAUUCGACAGCGAUACCCUAACUCCCCAAGAAGUGCUCAAGAGAGUCCCCAUAGUCGCCUCCAACAUUAGGGAUACUAUGCAGAAGCUAUACCAGCUGGGUGGGAGAAAUUUCUGGGUGCACAACACGGGGCCGUUGGGCUGUUUGCCUUCCAACGUAGCCCGCAUAUAUGCAUCCACGGUGGUCGACGAGUACGGCUGCGUUUCCGACAGGAACAAAGCAGCUGCCGCCUUGAACUCCCAGCUUGAGCGUCUCUGUCGGGAGCUGCAGUCGGAGAUGAGCGACGCCACCAUCGUCUACGUCGACAUCUACUCCAUCAAGCUGGACUUGAUCGUCAACGCGACAUCCUAUGGGUUCGAGAAUCCCUUCGUGGAGUGCAAGCCUAAGGGGCGUGUGUGCCCGGAGGGAUCGCGCUAUGUGAGCUGGGAUGGAGUUCAUUACACAGACGCGGCUAAUAUGUUGGUUGCGUCUAAAAUACUCUCCACCAAUUUCUCUACUCCUCCACUUCCAUUUCAUUUUUUUUGCAAUUAAUCUACUCUGGUUAGUCUCCACUAAAUUUGUAAUAAUCCUCCGGCUUGCAUUGGAUUGAGCAUUGUUUCUCACUUGUCUUUUAUGCUAGCA